CCACGUGACGCCGCGGCGCGGGGCGGGCGGCGCGGGGCCGGUGCUCGCGGCCAUGGCGGCGGCGGCGGAGCGGGGCCGCCUCAGCUUCCCGGGGGGCGCGGGGGCGCUGGGCCGCCCGGUGCCCAUGAACCUGUUCGCCACCUGGGAGAUCGACGGCUCCAGCCCCAGCUGCGUCCCCAGGUUGUGCAGCUUGACACUAAAGAAACUGGUAGUCUUAAAGGAGUUGGAUAAGGAGCUUAUUUCUGUGGUCAUUGCUGUCAAAAUGCAGGGCUCCAAGCGCAUCCUGCGGUCUCACGAGAUUGUAUUGCCCCCGAGUGGACACGUGGAGACGGAACUGGCGCUGACCUUCUCGCUGCAGUACCCUCACUUCUUGAAGAGGGAAGGCAACAAGCUUCAGAUCAUGCUGCAGCGGCGGAAACGGUACAAGAACCGAACGAUUCUGGGCUACAAGACUCUGGCUGUUGGCUCUAUCAACAUGGCUGAGGUCAUGCAGCACCCCACAGAAGGUGGCCAGGUACUAAGCCUCUUCAGCAACAUCAAAGAAGCUGCAGUGAAGGUAGCAGAAAUCUGGAUCUUCUCCUUGUCAAGUCAGCCAAUUGACCAUGAAGACAGCACAAUGCAGCCCAGCCAGAAAAUCAAGUCCACAGACAACUAUUCCGAGGAGGAGUACGAGAGCUUCUCUUCUGAGCAGGAGGCCAGUGAUGAUGCCGUACAGGGCCAGGAUUUGGAUGAUGAUGAGUACGAGCUGGGGAAGCCCAAGAAGCAGCGGAGAUCGAUACAACAAAACUUCAAACAGAAGGUUGUGGCGUUGCUGAAGAGGUUUAAAGUGUCUGAUGAGGUUCUGGAUUCGGAGCAGGACCCAGCAGAGCACGUCCCAGAGGUGGAGGAGGACUUGGACCUCCUGUAUGACACGCUGGACAUAGAGAACCCCAGUGACAGCGGGCCAGAAAUGGAAGAUGAUGACAGUGUCUUGAGCACUCCAAAGCCAAAGUUAAAACCUUAUUUUGAAGGACUGUCACACUCCAGCUCUCAGACAGAAAUUGGUAGCAUCCACAGCAUCAAGAGCCAGAGAGAGCCAUCAAGUCCUGUAGAAGUGCCUGAAAAGUCAAAGACUCUCGGAACCAAACAUGCAGGCGACAGUAUUUCUGACACUGUCUCUUUUGAGUCCAGCCAGCAAGCUGAGGUUCAAGAAGCUGAGCUUCCCACACCAGAUGUGUUUGUUGAGAAGCUCCCGCCCAGCGGGAAGAUCACCAAGACGGAGUCCCUCAUUAUCCCAUCCACCAGGUCUGAAGGGAAGCAGACGGGACGCCGGGGAAGAAGCACAUCUCUGAAGGAGAGGCAGCCAGUGAGGCCGCAGAAUGAGAGAGCAAACAGUCUGGAUAACGAACGAUCUCCAGACACCCGGCACCACUUACAGAUCCCCAGGAAAACGGUGUAUGACCAACUAAAUCACAUCCUGGUUUCUGACGACCAGCUGCCAGAAAACAUUAUUCUUGUCAAUACUUCUGAUUGGCAAGGCCAGUACCUAUCAGAUGUCUUACAAAAGCAUACCUUGCCAGUGGUCUGCACGUGCUCCUCAGCUGAUAUUCAGGCAGCUUUCAGUACUAUUGUCUCCAGGAUACAGCGAUACUGUAACUGCAAUUCUCAGCCUCCAAACCCCAUUAAAAUUGCAGUGGCCGGAGCCCAGAAUUACCUCAGUGCUGUAUUGAGGCUCUUUGUAGAGCAGCUGUCUCACAAAACCCCAGACUGGCUCGGCUACAUGAGAUUUUUGAUCAUCCCUCUAGGAUCUCAUCCAGUGGCCAAGUAUCUGGGGUCUGUAGAUUAUAGAUACAACAACUUCUUCCAAGAUCUAGCCUGGAGAGAUCUGUUCAACAAACUUGAAGCACAGACCACUGUUCCAGAGGCACCUGAUGUCGUCUCCAGAAUAACGCAGUAUAUAGCAGGGGCAAACUGUGCACACCAGUUGCCCAUUGCUGAAGCAAUGCUGACGUACAAGCAGAAAAGCCCCGAUGAAGAAUCUUCGCAGAAGUUCAUUCCCUUUGUCGGGGUGGUGAAGGUUGGAAUAGUGGAACAAUCCUCUGCAACGUCAGGUGACUCUGAUGACGCAGCCCCCUCAAGCUCCAGUGUCCUUUCUUCUACCCCGCCUUCUGUGUCUCCUGCUGUGAAAGAAGCCUCCCCCACGCCACCUUCCUCGCCGUCUGUCACAGGCAGCUUCUCGUCCUCAAGCCAGAGCCUUGGUGCUGAGCUGAUGGGCCUGCAGGUGGAUUACUGGAUUGCAGCUCCACCCGUGGACAGAAAGAGAGACCCGGAGAAGAAGGACCCCUCCACUACCAAAAACACACUGAAAUGCACUUUCCGGUCCCUCCAGGUCAGCAGGUUACCUGCCAGCGGUGAGAUUGCCACCACUCCGACCAUGUCCAUGACUGUCGUGACAAAAGAGAAGAACAAGAAAGUGAUGUUCCUGCCCAAGAAAACAAAAGACAAGGAGGUCGAGUCAAAGAGCCAGUGUAUUGAAGGCAUCAGCAGGUUGAUUUGCACAGCGAAACAUCAGCAGAACAUGCUGCGGGUCCUGAUCGAUGGGGUAGAGUGGAACGACGUCAAGUUCUUUCAGCUGGCAGCACAGUGGUCCUCUCACGUCAAGCACUUUCCCAUCUGCAUUUUUGGACACUCCAAAUCUAACUUCUAGCCCCGCUCGGCGGAGGGACCUUCUGUCCGUCCCAGGGACUGCACACCAGGAGCCAGGAACUGCGUGCCAACUCUGACUCGCGUCGCUCUGCCCUCUCCUGCAGAAUUAAUUACAGAUGUGCUUGGAUUACUUUUGAAUUACUUUUUUCUAUUAACUCUUAAGUUUACUACAAGGGAAGGAAACCCCUUUAAACAAAGGCAAAAAAACAAAACAAAAACAAAAAACAACACAACAAAACAGUCUUAAAUAUAGAUGUGCUGACAACAAAGCUGUGGGGGAGUUGGCAGGAGCAGGCAACCUGCCCGAGAACACCUACCACUUCCAAGCAGAUAGCUGAAUUACUGCACUGCUUAUUAACCUGAGACCUCAUUGGUGUGCGCGGGCCGGGGAGCCGCGGAUCAGCUGGAACAGAUUUUGCAGAAGAGCACGCACGUUACGAUGCAUUUGGCCCCCUCCCUCCAUAUUGCUAGCAAAACCAAGGGCCAGUCUUUCUUCCUGCUGCCAAAGGACGAGAGAUCAGCGAGGCUGGAGGGAGCUCAGCGGUCUGGUUUGGGAAACAAACCGCACAGCUAGGGAGAUCUAGAGAGGAGCUCGCCCUUCGGUGCACCGAGUCCGCCACGAGGACAGGCAGGUGACACCUGAGGAGGGUUGGGCAGGAACAGGAAUUAGGGAAACACGAGGUGCAAGGGGAACUCCAGUGUCCCAGGUCAGUGACGACGACCAAACCGAGCCAGUCACCACGUCCCUGCCGCUGGCUGCGCUGCCGAGGGACGCCGCGCCAGUGGGGUCGCUGCUAUUUACAUACUCACCCCGGUUAUUUACCUGUCAAUAAAACCUCGUCCAGCCUCUAAAGGGAAAGGAUUUUUUUAAUAGCCGCAGAUUUUUUUUAAUGCUUUCUAAAAAAAGAAAAACAAAUAAAAAAUAAGAGGCGGGGGGGGUGGGGUGUGGGGUGUGAAAAAUCCGAUUGCCAAAAAACCCCCACCCCAAACCCAGAAGAUGAGCCGUUGUCUGUGAAGUGAUGCAUCACUGUCGUGGCUGGAGUCAGGGCCGGCUCCGGCGCUCUGCACGUCCAGCUGCCUUCCCGUCCAUCUGUCAGCCUGCACACAUGAGGUCGCCUGGGCUGCUUUAUCCGCUCUGCCUUUGUCCUGCUCCACCUGCGCCGUGCUCCCCGGAGCCAGCUGCUGGCUUCGCCUGGGUGUAUGGUCACCCUGCCCAGCCUAACACCCAGGAUUUCUCCGCAAGGGGUGCUGCGGGCAGGUGGCCUCCUGCGGGAAGCUGCCCUGACCGUCUGCUUUUUGGAUAUCCCUUCGCAGGGGCGUUUAUUUCCCCGUGGGCUGCGUCCCUUCCCUUCCCAGCAGGAUGUUUGUCCCUGCAGGGCACUGCCUGCGGGCUGAGGCUCUGCCACGAGAUUCAGUCCCAAGCUGCAGCUGGGACACGGGGGAGGAUGAAGGCAGCCAGGUUCGUUGUCCCUCCGGGGCAGCAAGGUGUCCUUGGGGGAGCUGGAGGAGUGAGGCUUGUGGUGUCUCGUGCCCAGGGCUCGUUUUGGCCUGGCUCUGGCUGUGUUUGUGUUCGCUUUGUGCAUCUCGCAAGGACAAGGGGAUGCUCCCGCAAGGUGUGGCAGGCAGCAGCUCCGGGCAGCCCUGGUGCUACGGAUGUGGCUUUUUGCUCUCUGGGCUUCCUGAGGUGUUGGCAGGAGGGACUGGAAGCAGGUAGAUGGGGCUGAGGGAGCAGCGUGUGCCUGCUGUGUCGAAAAGCAGAUGCCUCUGGCCUUUUGGGGUGAGGGACUGAAGCUUUGGUGGGGUCCUUUGGGUCCCUGCCUUGUGAGCAGGUGUGGCUCCAAAAGCAUUUCCAGAGCGUGCUUUCAGAGAGCAGUGAUGCUUCUGAACCUUUCCCAGCAUCCACUGGUCAGGUUUGGUUUUUUUUUGUCUUUCUUUUUUUUUCCCUCCUUGGUUUGUACAGGUCUGGAGAAUUUGCUUCGUCCUGCUCGGUGGCUCCUGCCCGUGUGGCUUGGAGCAGGGUGCUGGCCGUGUGCUCUGUUGGGGCUGCUGCUGACGGGGAGCAAGGGGUCACCAGGCGAGAGCGUGAUCCCUGCUGCCUCUGCUGCCUGUCGCGGGGCUGCUUCGCCGAGUUUGAUUUCACAAAAUCCUUUCCCAGCACAAGUGCACCCUGCCUGGUGGGGACGGGGCUUUCCCUUCGAGCCCCCCGCGGGAGGAGGACGCUGUGUAGUGCUGGGCAGGCCGUCUCGUCCUCUUGCUGUCCUCCUCCUCCUCCCCACGGGCAGCUCUACCUCCAUCUACCUGUGCCAGGAGCUCAGCUCCGGUGCAAACGGCGGCGUGUGUCCACUGGUUCGUGCAUUUUUGGCUGACCUGAGCUGAUGCUGGAGGAUUAAGUAGCGUUGCCUAGCAGCAGCAGCGUGGGAGAUGGCGUAUAAGCACAUCGCUUUUCCCUUCUUUUUUUUUUUUUUAAUUUUAUUGAGGCUGUUGCAUCGAAAAAAAAAGAAAAAGGUUUUUCGAGGAAAUUAGACGGGACGGGACGGACAGACUGACCGCCUGCAAUAACUUUGUUUACUGGGGAGCGAGGGGGGAGCGUGGCCGUGCUCCUCCCUGCGUUUUGACCUGCUGUACAGAACCAGAGGGUAGCUAGCGUGGGGUUUCCGUGGUCCUGCCCGUAAAUGUGUGUUGCCCUGCGCUGCUCUGUGUGUGUGUGUGUGUGAGAGGAGAGCUCACGCUCGUUGCGUUUCACCUUGGUUUGCAUUUUGUGCCACCUCUGUACCACCAAACUCCCCGGGAAGCUCUGCGCGCCCGAGGGCUUGCGUCUCCGCAGGGUUUGUGCCCUGUGGGUCUGGCAGCUCUCAGCUCUCCCUCCAAGCGAGCUCCUGCUCUCCCAGCAGGAUUUGGGGUGAGCACCGGGGCUGGGAGCGUGGGGGGGGGAGAGGUGGCUGCGUGUGAGCUGCUGGGUGCAGACAGACGGCUGGGGGCAGGAGGCUGCAUAGCCCCGUGUUCAGCUCGAGGGGUUUGGGGAGAGGCGCAAUUUAAAGGAAGAAACACCACGGUGUUAUCUCACCAGCCCGGGUGAGAUUGGGCUGGACACAGCUGGUGUCCUUCCCAGUUGCUGGUGGGAGCAGGGCCCCUCCGUGCUCAGAGGUGAGGCCUCAAGAAGAGGCUCGCUGCUGUCGCUGUGCUGUGCGAGGCUGACCUAGUUUAUCAGUGCUGGUGAGCAGAGGACAGAAGGAAGGGUUUUGUGGCGGCGUGUUGCACCUUGUGCUUCCUGGUCCUCUGCUUUUGUUUUUUUUGGAGACUAAGGCUUGUCCCCAUCCCUGCCCGGGCCGCUCAGCUGCUGGCUGUCCUGCUGCACUGGCGAUGUUGCAGGGGUCUUGGGUGGCUUGUGUAGCUCAGCGCCGCAGUCAUUGCUCACUUCAUUCCUUACCCUUCACAUCUCAGCGGGAGCUGCGGAGUCCCUCUUAAUUACACAUGAGCUUGGGGAGAGCCCCCGUCCCCGUGGCCGUGUUUCGCUGUGUUAUUAGCACGUGCUUGCUGCUUAAUCCUGCAGGGCGGGCAGGGGUGGGAGGCUGGAGGCUUCGGGGCCUGGAGGAGCUGCGCCUGGUGGUGUGCAGUCAUCCAGCUUGGCCGAGCACCACGCUGACCCCUGCUCACCUGAGAUGACAGCAAAGGCCUCGUGCUGCUUAGGGGUAGCAGGAAUUCAGCUGCAGCUUGGCCCAAAUGGCUCUGCCUGGUCAUUUCUCACCAGGAACGGGUGCUGGAGGGAGCAGCGGCGAGCCAGGGCUUAGGGCAUUGCACCUGGUACCUCAAUUUUUAAGAAAACCCUGGUGAGAGGAAGCAGAGCUGAUGGCUUUCUGCUGCUGGAUGUGCCGGGGGAUCCUGGGGUGAGGGCAGUCCUGCUGUGCAGCAGCACCAGGCUGGGGGGCCUGGUGCUCCCCUGGAGCUAGGUUGGAUGCAAGGUCCCCGUUCCUCUGGUCUCAGCCUGGUGGAUCGCUGUGUGGUCACUCGUUUUGGUGUGACGCUCCCUCUGGGCUUACCAAGUAGGAAGGGAGAAGGCCAGAAAUGAGCAGCGACAUCUCCCAGAGGAUUUCUGGAGCUUCUUCAGCAGGGCUGUCAGGGGAAACCCUCCUGCAGGGACAGUCAGCGGCCGUGGGACAGGCAGGAGAAGGGGACAGGCCAACGUGGAAAGCAGCAGGUGACUGGUUUCCUUAAGGAAGAGCUCUGCUCUUGGCCACAGCAGUCAGCUGCUGCUUUGCACCUUGGCCGGAGAGCCUCACCUGCCCCGCUGGAGAUGCCACAGGGAAGCCCUGUGCUCUGCUGCGUGCCACGAGCCUCGUCCGGACCGCAGCGCGCAGGGGGAUGUUACCACUGUGUAGGUUCCUGAGUUGUCCAUCUGUUUCAUCGUUGUAUUGUUUGGGUUCUAUUUUUUUUUUUUUGUUAUGAAGACAUUAAGUGUAAAUAGCCUUUUUUUUUUUUUUAUUUUGGAACAAACUGCAACGUGCUCGACCUCGUCAACUAUUUUAUGGUACUAAUGCAACACUAAUAAAACUGGACAUGAAAGCACA